CAUACAACAGCAGUUAAAGCAGGGUACACGUGUAUAUAUACAUGUAAAACACUCGCAGGGCAGGAUUGUGCCCCUGUGAGGAAAGCGGCAGAAUGGAUCGUGAGGGGCGAGCGGCCGAUUUGUUGGCAAGAGUGGAGCUCUGCGGGUGGGUGUCUUACUGUUGAGUAUACUGUAGUCAUGUCCAGCUGCAUUGUGGAACCUCUCUUCUCUUUCCGGGCACCGUUGAGACCGUCGGCCCCGGAGUAAGGCGGGAGGGACAUUAAUAUCUUGCAGAUAUACAUAUUGGUGUUACAGCUGAGCUAUGCUGCUGACACAAAGGCCUGCAUCACACUGACUGAGGAGUGACACAAAGCCCGAUCAGGGUUGACCUGUUCAUUCCUGUCCAUAUGAGCUCUCACAUGUCGCCACAGGUUAAAGACCGGUGUAAAUGAGUUUGAUCUGUACAGCAAAGAUGUCCGGGAGGCGUUCCGGAAAAUGUGCAGUGCCCUGGCGGAUGCGCUGCAUUCUGCGCUUCGGCCUCUUAGCUUGUGCGACAUUGCUCAGCUAGAGACCAAGGCGCAGGCUGUUCGCGCGGCCUGUGCCACACAACGUGACGCCCAAAUGAACCGCCUCGAUAACGCGCUGCUGGCUUUGCUGCGAACCAUCGACGCCUCCAGCCCAGCCAGCGAGCGGGUGGAGGUGUUGGAGCAGCUGGUGGCGUGUCUGCAGGCCGCCAGGAUCACCGCAGCAGCAACAGCAGCACGGCAGCCACAGCCACAGGAUCAGCAACUGCCCGGGGAAUCACAGCCGCAACAACCGCAGCAGCAGCAGACGCAGACAAAGUCCCCGCAGGCUAAGCCCGCACAAGCAAAGCCUCCGCAGCAACAGCCUCAUCAAAAGCAACAGCACUCGCCGCAAACCAACAAAGACACAAAACACACAAGCCCGCAGCAGCAGCAGCAGCCGGGGCACUCGGGUGCGGAUGCGGCGGGCAGCGGGGCGACAGCAGCAACAGCGGGGGCGGCUGCGGCUGCAGGCAAGGAGCUGCAGGCUCGUGCGGCGGAUGUGUCCCGGGCGCUCCGGAUGGCAGCGGAAGCCAUGCAGGUGCCGCUGCCUCCCGAGUCCGCGGGGUCGGCCGGGGGUGGCGGUGCCGCGCUGCCGCUGCUGCAGCAGCUGCUGCCGCGGGUGGAGGCGGCGCUGGGUCAGCAGCUGGGACCCGCCUUCCUGCAGCCGCUGUGCGGGCGGGGGGAGCUGACGGAGCAGCAGCUGGCUACCCUGGCGGAGAUCAACGGUGCACUGCGGGAGGAGUACGGACUACGGCGGGCUGUCAUGAUUGAGCGAGCCAAGGUCACACUGCAGGCGUUCGAGUGGUCUCCUCGUCUGGCCGAGAAGGGCACGGCAAAGGAGGCGACGGCGGUGGCGGCGGCGGCGCGCAAAGCCAUGAGCGCACAACCGCAGGUGUCCCUGGAGGAGGUCUGGUCGCUGCGCCCAGCUGACGUCAUCGCCCUCACCGCCGCACCCACCUCCUCCCAAGUGGCCACCCUGGACGCGGCGGCGGCGGUGACCGGGUACGACAAACACGACAUUGGCGGCGGCGGCGGUAGCAAGCGGCCAGCUGCACCCAUGGGUGCUGGCGUCAAGGGGGUGAUCAUCGGGCAGGUGCCGGACCGAGGCGGGAGGCCGGAGGGCAAGGCACGGCAGGCAUACAUGCCGG